AUGCCCGAAAUCGUAGAUGACAAGUCGCAGUUCUGCAUCCCCUUCCUCCUGGACCGCCUGCGCAUCCAUACCGACCGGCACCGCGGCAAUACCCCGCCAUUCUUCAUCGGCUUAAAUGGCGUCCAAGGUGCCGGCAAGACCGUUCUGGUCUCCGCCCUCAAUGACACCCUGCGCUCAGAGCCGUAUUCGCUAUCCGUCGUGACCCUGUCCCUCGAUGAUAUCUAUUUGACCCACGACGACCAGGUCGCGUUAGCGCAGGCGCACCCUACCAACCCGCUGCUGCAGCAUCGCGGGCAGCCCUCCACUCAUGACUUGGGGUUAGGCGAGGAAGUCUUUGCUUCGCUGGCGGCGGAACGUCCGACGGCUAUUCCGCAAUACGACAAGUCGGCCUUCGCUGGCCAGGGUGAUCGCGUGCCGACCGCGCAAUGGAAAGUCGUGAAUGAGAAUGAACCUAAGGUUAAGGUCGUGAUUUUUGAAGGGUGGUGUGUCGGAUUCCGGGCCUGGGAUGACAACACUCUUCGCACGAAGUGGGAGGCCGCGGUGCGUCAGAAGGAGUCAGGCGACUACAAUGGACGGCUGGGACAUGUCCAAUUCGAAGAUGUCAAAGCCGUGAAUGAUGCGCUGAGACAGUACGAUGUCUUGACAAAUGAUGCGGAAAAUCCGCGAUUUGUCUAUGAGUGGCGCCAAGAGCAAGAGCGCGGUCUGCGUGCGUCAAAGGGCACCGGCAUGACUGAAGAACAGGUAAAUCAUUUUGUGGAUGGCUAUUACCCAUCCUACGAGCUGUUUACCGAAACCCUGCGCGAGGGUGCUUUCAAGACAGCUUCGCACUCCGACUGGGAGGGACGACAGCUUCGUCUUGUGGUUGAUCGCAACCGACGAGUUCAAGAAGUCAUUAAAAUUUGA